AUGGCGAACCUCGUCACCCUUCCCUUCGAAUUACGGGCGCGGAUCUUCCAUUACUACUUCAAGGUGGAUGGCGGAUAUGUUUUCAAUGGCGAUUCUGAAAAGCUUACCACCGCUGAUAACAACCCAAUCGACCUCGCCCUUAUAUACACCUGCCGCUCCGUUGCCAAUGAGACGAGGAACAUGCCCCUCACUAUCAACACCAUUACCUUCUCGACACUUUACCGCGAGGAUUGGAGGGGCCUGGCUGGCUGCUUCAAUGCCGUCUCGACCUACCACCGCUUGCUUGAGGCGGAUUUAGUGGUACGCCUCGCUCGGUUCAUGACUCCCGACAUGUACUCCCAGCUUGCCCUGAAAUUCCCGACACUUGCACCACAGAUUCAAAAAGAGUCAAGGCACCACGAGAAUUGUCUGGCCCACUAUGAAACUGGAAGAUGGCCCAGUGACUCCGAAUCCGAGUCCGACUCUGACUCCGACUCCGACUCCGACUACGAAUCCGAGGGAAACCUAGAUGACAUUUUCGGCCCCGACUCUGACUCCGAGAAAGAAAAGACUAAUCCCUCGGAUGGUUGUUAUGAAUGGCGACAUGGGCGAUCGACACAGAGCUAUAGAUUUUGGUAUGAAAAACACCUGCAGCUGGGAGGCUCAGAGAAUUUUUAUCGUAGCCUCGGAUCGAUAGACCACGACAAGAUUGGGCAUCUUCUACGGCACGAUUGGGAAGGAGGCUCCUGGGCAAUUCAAGCAGCCAUGUCCUACUGCUUACGACUUCUCGCGGAAAAGGAACGCGCUGAAUUCGCUAGAUUGGUCUACGGGGCUCUCCCAGGAUGGGUUGAUACCUAUCCGGCUCAUGAGCUUCUGGAUCUUAGGUUUGAACCCUGGGCUAUUCCUUCGCUGUCAGAAGUCGCGAGGGCGACAAGCCGCUUCAAGGCCGAUGUUGCUUGGAAGCUCUUGGAGCCGUGGUACUACACGCCACCGAUGGCGUACAAUCCCCCUGGAGUGUACGACCGAUUGCAUCCCCCAACAGGCGUCCGCUGCCGGGAAAAGAUUCGGUUUUCGGCUGCAGCUACCGCCAUUCGCUUUCUUCAGCGCCUCCCAGCUAGUCAGCGCCUGCAAAUCCGGAACUUGGUGUUACACGAGGACCACCGGUCUGUGGGCACACCAUCAACCCAUGCUCAAGGCUUGGCACCCUUCUUCAAGGAGAAUCCACGGCUUCGAGUUGUACGUCGUGUCAGUGUGCUAGGUUGCAUAGAGGGAAGCCUCGGUAAUCCACAAAAGGCGGCGCAACGCCUCCAAGAACAGAAAGAUGGCAGAAGUAACCCCGCCCGGGUGUUCGACCUCCUGAGAUUCCCUUGGAGGUUGGCCGAGUGGCUGGUCGACGCCCUCGCCGUGACUGAUGUGGGAAUACCCGCCGAGUCCUUCACCUUCAUCUUGGAAGCAGGUCCGCAUGCCGACUUUUGUACCGACAUAUUUCAGCAGGCCAUCCACCGUGACAUCGCCUGGGAUAGGGCGUACAAGGCAUGCAUCAACCGCGGCUUGAUAGUGUGUAGGCCAAGCCAAAGAUUGCGUCGCGUGGUCGAUCAGGGAUUGGAGGAAGCCAUGGAGCACUUGUUGAACCAAACUUCGUUUCUUCGCAGCGACUUCAACCCGGGUCACCCCUGGAACUUUGAGAACUUGGUAGAGGAGACAAGUCACCUCGAUAAUCUUCGCUGGACAAACAAAUGGGCCUUUCGCCAGCCUUGGAACCUGGACUUCCCUCCUACACUGGACAUUGCGAAAAGUUACUCCGACAACUUCGAAAUUCAGACUGAAGACGACUAUCUCUAG